UAUUACGGAGUUACAUAACUCUAAGAAUUACUCCAAAUAUUUAGUUAGCUAGUCAUAACAUACAAAUGCUGAGAUUUAUAGGAAUUCAUAGGACUGUUGUCCAAUCCCUGACACUAAAGUCUCAAAUUAAAUAUAAAGGAUUCGCCCCCACAUUAUCAUGCGAUUGCUAUCUUUUAUCUAGGCGAUAUCAAUCUACAGUUGGUGGCAAUAAGAAUAAUAAUAAGAAUAACAUUAAUGAUAUUGAAGACUCGACCAAUGAAUUCAAAUUUAAGAAUCCAAUUGAUCAUAAUGCCAUAUGGGUAGUUUCAAUUCCUAUAACUACAUCUCGUUCUUAUAUUUAUUGCCAUCAUAAACCCAGUAGUUUAGAUAAGUCUCAAUUAAAGAAGUUCCCAUUAAUAACUAAAAUAGAAUCUAGAUUAAUUGGGGUUGCUACUAAAGGUUGGAAUAAGAUAAGUACUUCUAAAAUAUCUGUUAAUCAACGUAUAACAAAAUUAAUUAAACAAUUAUUACAUACUAUUCCUUAUGAAGAGAACUGUUUAAAAUCAUUCCCUUCUCAACAAGCCAUGAUUCGAGAAAUUAAUGAAGAAUCUUUAGAUAUAGUUCAUAAAAAGUUGAGAUCAGGUCCAUCGCCUAAUAAUUCAAUAGUUCAAACUGAAAUUGAUGAUUUGAAGAUCCCGUUGGAUCAAUUAAAGCCAAUUCCAUUAUAUCAUCCAUCAUUUCAAAAUCCUACCACUAUAUUGAAUCAGUUGUAUAGAUUUAGAGAUAAAGAACAAUCUAAACAUUUGAAAUAUGCCGUCCUUUGUGCAAUUGGAAUCCCAGUGACAUUACCAUUUGCAUUGAUUCCUAUUAUUCCUAAUGUUCCAGGGUUUUACUUAGCUUACAGACUUUAUUGCCAUAUUAAAGCAUUAGUUGGGGUUAAACAUUUAGAUUAUUUAUUGGAAAUUGAUGAAUCAUCUUCUUUAAAUAAUAAUAUUAAAGAUGAAGAAGAAAUUGGAUCUCAAUCAGAGACUUUAACUGAUUUGAAAGAUGUAAUAGAUACCAAACAUCUUACUUUCCAAGCCAUACCUCAAAUAGAUGUAUGUUAUCGUGGAGAAGUAAUAAUGAAUCCAGACUCAAUACAAGAAGAAGAAAAAGUAAUUAUUGAUGAAGUAACAAUUGAGAAAUUAUGUGAUAAUAUGAAUUUAAAUCAUUUAAAGGAAGAUUUAUUAAAAUCAUUAAGUCAAGAAUCAGCCAGGCUUAAAAAAGAUAUUAAAGUCAAUGAUACUGUGGAAUAAAUGAGCAUGUAAAUAGAUAGAGAAAUUAAUCCUUACCUAAAGAUUAAAAUAACAAAUUAGUACAUUUAUAUAUGUAUAUAUGAUAAUAUUAUGGGAUAU